AGGCUGGCUGAUGGGGUGAGAGGAGAGGCGGAGAAGCAGGCGGAAGCCGAGCAGAUAGUAGCCCUCCGAAGAAGGGGGCUGAGGGAAAAGUGCAUGUGUUACGGCAUGCUGCAGACGCCCCUCGCUCGCUCGUUUGCCUCGCUUCCCUCCUCCCGCCGUCUCUUCGGCUCUCUCUCUCUCGAUCUCUCCAGUCUAGCUUGACGCAGGCAGCAGCUCGCGAUCGCCCUUUGCGAACCCGCCGUCGGUGAAGCCGGGCGCCUGUGGGGCGCCUCCGAACCAGGAUGGUGGGGCUUCUCCUUUCCUUUGCCUAGCUCCGCCGAAGCGAAGCGAAGCGGCGGCAGCGGAUUCUUUGCCAAGCCAGGCUGGAGGCGUACGUUGAAGGGCGAACAGGAUCUGCUGGCGGAGGUUGCGGCGGCGGCAGCAUCAGGUCGCUCGGAGCAGCGAUUGGCAAAGUUGGCUUGAAGUGGGACAAGCGGCAGGCGGCGGCGGCGGCGGCUACUCGGUGGGGCGGGGGGCAAAGUUGCGACGAGAGGAGCGGGGGGCGCAGGCAGGAGCCCCAGGGAGGAGGAGGUGGUGGUGGAGGAGGAGGAGGUGGAGGUUGAGAAUGGGGACGCUGCGGGAUUUACAAUAUGCCUUGCAAGAAAAGAUCGAGGAGCUUCGGCAGCGAGAUGCGCUCAUUGACGAGCUGGAGCUGGAGCUGGAUCAGAAGGACGAGCUGAUCCAGAAGCUGCAGAACGAGCUGGACAAGUACCGCUCCGUGAUCCGGCCCGCCACUCAACAGGCGCAGCAGCAAGGCUCCAGCACCUUGCAGGGCGAGCAGAGGACCAAGAGGCAGGCCAUUUCCGCCGAGCCCACGGCUUUUGACAUCCAGGACCUCAGCCAUGUCACCCUGCCUUUCUACCCCAAGAGCCCACAGUCCAAGGAGCUAAUAAAGGAAGCUAUCCUCGACAAUGAUUUCAUGAAGAAUCUGGAAUUGUCUCAGAUCCAGGAGAUUGUGGAUUGUAUGUAUCCAGUGGAAUAUGGCAAAGACAGUUGCAUCAUCAAAGAAGGAGAUGUUGGCUCACUGGUAUAUGUCAUGGAAGAUGGAAAGGUUGAGGUUACAAAAGAAGGAGUAAAGCUGUGUACUAUGGGGCCUGGGAAGGUGUUUGGAGAACUGGCUAUCCUAUACAACUGCACCCGGACAGCUACCGUCAAAACUCUCGUAAAUGUGAAACUUUGGGCUAUUGAUCGGCAAUGUUUCCAAACAAUCAUGAUGAGGACUGGCCUUAUCAAGCAUACAGAGUAUAUGGAAUUUUUAAAAAGUGUCCCAACAUUCCAGAGCCUCCCUGAAGAGAUACUUAGUAAGCUUGCUGAUGUUCUUGAAGAGACACACUAUGAAAAUGGAGAGUACAUUAUUAGGCAAGGUGCUCGAGGAGAUACUUUCUUCAUAAUCAGCAAAGGAAAGGUAAAUGUCACUCGUGAAGAUUCACCUGGGGAAGAGCCUAUAUUUCUUCGUACUCUAGGAAAAGGAGAUUGGUUUGGAGAAAAAGCACUCCAGGGGGAAGAUGUCAGAACGGCUAAUGUUAUUAGUGCGGAGCCCGUGACGUGUCUUGUCAUCGAUAGAGACUCUUUCAAACAUUUGAUUGGAGGCCUGGAUGAUGUUUCCAAUAAAGCAUAUGAGGAUGCUGAAGCAAAAGCAAAAUAUGAAGCCGAAGCUGCCUUCUUCGCCAAUCUGAAGCUGUCAGACUUCAACAUCAUUGACACUCUCGGAGUUGGAGGUUUUGGCAGAGUUGAACUGGUGCAGUUGAAAAGUGAUGAAUCAAAAACCUUUGCAAUGAAGAUACUAAAGAAACGCCACAUAGUAGACACGAGACAGCAAGAACAUAUACGCUCAGAAAAACAGAUCAUGCAAGGCGCUCACUCAGAUUUUAUUGUGAGGCUAUAUAGGACAUUUAAGGACAGCAAGUAUUUAUAUAUGUUGAUGGAAGCCUGUUUAGGUGGAGAGCUUUGGACAAUUCUCAGGGACAGAGGUUCAUUUGAAGAUUCUACAACCAGAUUUUAUACAGCUUGUGUGGUAGAAGCUUUUGCCUAUUUGCAUUCCAAAGGAAUCAUUUAUAGGGACCUCAAGCCAGAAAACCUCAUCCUAGAUCACCGAGGUUAUGCCAAAUUGGUCGAUUUUGGUUUUGCAAAAAAAAUAGGAUUUGGAAAGAAAACAUGGACUUUUUGUGGAACUCCAGAGUACGUAGCCCCAGAGAUCAUUCUGAACAAAGGUCACGACAUUUCAGCAGACUACUGGUCACUGGGAAUCUUAAUGUAUGAGCUCUUGACUGGCAGUCCACCUUUCUCAGGCCCAGAUCCCAUGAAAACAUAUAACAUCAUACUAAGGGGGAUUGACAUGAUUGAAUUUCCAAAGAAGAUUGCCAAAAAUGCUGCUAACUUAAUUAAAAAACUAUGCAGGGACAACCCAUCAGAAAGAUUAGGUAACUUGAAAAAUGGAGUCAAGGAUAUUCAAAAGCACAAGUGGUUUGAAGGCUUUAACUGGGAAGGUUUAAGAAAAGGUACAUUGACACCUCCUAUUAUACCAAGUGUUGCAUCUCCAACUGAUACAAGCAAUUUUGAUAGCUUCCCUGAAGACAACGAUGAACCACCACCUGAUGACAACUCAGGAUGGGACAUAGACUUUUAAUGUUUUUCUCUUACCUGCUUCUGCCUUGCUGAAGACAGCUUCCUGAGACAUGGCUGCCAGCAGACCUGAAAGAUUUGGGAAGGAUUCAUGCUCGGGGUCACCAUGAUGCCUUGAUUGAUGCUGCUACAGUAAUUACAGUGGCAUUAGAACUUCUUGUUUAGAUGACAAUAGUGCUCUUCACAUGUUUUCCGUUUGAAUUUAACACAGCAGUUGACAUGGUGGUCCUGAAGCAAAACCUUUUCCACCAAUAAUUUACAUGUGUUUUCUAUCAUGGUACUGAACAUGCUAUGCUCCAUUACAAUUUGAAAGUUGAUAGAAUGAGAUGCACAUAAUUCUAGCUGUAAGUUCAUUUUCUUUAUUGCUAAAUUUAUUCCAAACUGUUAAAUACUGUAGCCGAUUCUAUGCUGUAGAAUCUAUGGCACAGUAACUGGGGUACCCCAAAACUGCAGGUAGAGUGCAUUGAACCUCUUAAAGCAGGCCAAAGUGUUAAACUAAGGAGGACCAGAAAAAGUGGAGCUCAUGUCAACGUAGUGCUAUAAUUUUCUUUUCAAGCAGUGCACAAGACAAGAAUGAAUGUUACCUUUCUCCAUUUUUAGUUCUGAUAUGCUUUUCUUCCCAAUUGAUAACAGAAGCACAACUGCUACACUUCCUGUUAAACUGUUAAGCAAGUAUGGGUCAGUCAAUCCUCAUAUUAUAUGUCUGAGAACUUACUUUUAACAUUUCUUUUAUGGAUGCAGAUACAUAAGAGGAUGUGAAAAAUUGUUCAUAAAACUAUUUGCUUUACAUAUAUACAAUAACCAUCUUGUAAAAGAAAAAGAAGAAUGCUUAUCCAGAGGUCCUAAAAACAAAAUAUUAACCGAUGAGUCUAUUAGGUAUUUAUAGUUACUCUAAAAUAACAAUCACAUUGAGAGCCUCCCGAAGUUGCAAAAUCCCCUGCAUUAUUAUAUAGGUGCUAUGUACAUCUUUCAUCUGUGAAAUAAAACAAACUUCCACACUCAUUUUUCAGAAAACAAAAUGUAGCAAGGAAUUUCACUGUCAGUUAGAACUGUAUGAGUGGGUGUAUUCCUAUGCACACUCAUAUGUGGGUGAUACGUAUGCAUAUUUUUAAUGCUACUGUGCGGUACUGCCCUCACUUUGUUUUCUUUUCUAUUCUUCCAGAUCCCACAAAUAUUAUAUUUAUUUUCUCAAAAGAUAGUUAGUCAGUCUUUUCUUGUACAAUAAAACUCUUACAGAUCAGUCUACAAACAUGGAACAAUGUAAUUGAAAUGGAAUGCUUCAAUAUGCACUUCCUUUCAAAAGGAGAAUUAAAUUCACCUUUAAAUAUGUCCUGUUGAAGUGGACAAGUCUUUAAAUGGGUCCAUCUAAAGAUGAAUUACAUCUGCUAGUUAUGAAUCUUUUAAUGAUCAGUGCUACAAAACUAAUUUGUCCAUACUUGUUAUCGGAAUUCAGCAUGUUCAGAGGACAGAAAUGUCAAAAAGGCUAUUAUAGAUAACUUUCAAGGUAAUUUCAGCUAAGGCUUCCAUGUAUCAGUAUGACUUUGUUAGCAUUUGUCAAUAUGCUGUUGAAGUAGUCUUGCAUCUGUGACAGCUUCUUAAAUUAGUUCCACAAAAAGAAAACCAACAGAAUGUCCAUUUCCUUUGGAAUUCUCAACAGAGUAUAAUGACUUGCUCUUUUCUCUGAAUCCAGAAAUACACCUCUGGUUUUGUCAUCCUGCGUUAAUUUAGCUUGCUUCCAAUUAUCUUUUCCCUGUAUGUUGCCUAAUACCAUUCAGUUUAUUUACUUUGCCCUAAUUAGCAUUUGAAGCUGUCCUAAUAAUGAGGACUGCAUUCAGCUAUGUUAUUACCAUAUAGACUAUAAUGCUAUUACAUUUUACUGGAAAUAAAUUCCAUUGAACUUAAUGAUUGUCA